GAGAGAGGAGAGAGGAGAGAGAUAUAUCUGUGGAUGGUUGGCUUUGAUUCGCUCUCUCUUUCUCUCUCUUGUUCGUUGUUUUGUGGAGAGGAGAAGAGUGCGUUUUUCUUUGUCCUCUUCAAUUUCUCCUCUUUCUCUCUCCUUAAAACGACAACGACCCUCUCGUUUCUCUUUCUGAAAGACUCUCUUCCUUUCUCUGUCGAUUUGCUUUGGCGGACCGGAUUGAUACGGUGACAGGGGUGUGAGGGGGAGGUAAUGGGGAAUUUCGCGGGGAGAGGUCGAGUGAGAGCUUGGUGAUGGAGGAGGAAUGGAAUUCGACGCCGGAAUACAUAUGUCCCGUGUUGGUGUUGGUGUUGGUGGUGGUGGUGGUGGAGGAGGAGCUGUCUCUGGGGAAACAUCAGUAUCGUCGUCUUUGAACCAAGAUGCAUUAUGGGAAAUGAAUUUGAGACCAAGUGAAACAAUGGAGUCUGGCCCUUAUCCCGAGCGUCCUGGAGAGCCAGAUUGUUCAUAUUACAUCAGAACAGGGCUUUGUAGGUUUGGGGCAACUUGUCGGUUUAACCAUCCUCCGAACAGGAAGUUGGCUAUUGCUGCUGCAAGGAUGAAGGGAGAGUAUCCGGAACGAACUGGACAACCUGAAUGCCAGUACUAUCUGAAGACAGGAACUUGCAAAUUUGGGGCCACAUGCAAGUUUCAUCAUCCUAGAGAGAAGGCUGGCAUUGCUGGAAGAGUUUCCUUAAACAUUUUGGGCUAUCCACUUCGCCCGAAUGAGAUUGAAUGUGCUUAUUAUUUAAGAACUGGACAAUGCAAGUUUGGGAGCACUUGUAAAUUCCACCAUCCUCAACCGACUAAUAUGAUGGUUCCAUUGCGUGGUUCGGUGUAUCCUACUGUCCAAUCUCCAACAACUCAUUGGUCAAGAGCGUCAUUUAUCACGAGCUCACGCUGGCAGGGUCAUUCUAAUUAUACACCUCUAAUUCUUCAACAGGGAGUUGUAUCUGUUCCAGGCUGGAAUGCAUACAGUGGUCAACUUGGGUCAGUUUCAUCGUCAGAUAGUCAACAGCAAACAGUGGGAAACAGUCAGAUCUACGGAACAUCAGGCCAGAGUGAAUCUGGAAUAGGACCUCAAGGCACAUAUUCUCCUUUCCACUCUGGCUCAAUGGGGUUUUAUGCAUUGCAAAGGGAAAAUGUUUUUCCUGAGAGACCUGGGCAGCCUGAAUGCCAGUUUUACAUGAAAACCGGAGACUGUAAGUUUGGUGCAGUUUGUAGAUUCCAUCAUCCAAGAGAGAGACUUAUUCCUGCUCCAGACUGUGUCUUGAGUCCCAUAGGCCUGCCCUUGCGACCUGGGGAACCUGUAUGCAUAUUCUAUUCUCGUUAUGGUAUAUGCAAGUUUGGUCCAAGUUGCAAGUUUGACCAUCCUAUGGGAGUUUUCACAUACGAUCUCUCUACAUCGUCAUCCACUGAUGCCCCUGUUCGACGAUUGUUAGGUACAUCAUCAGAAGGGCUAGUUGAAGUUGGCCAGACAAAGCCUAGGCGACUUUCGCUAUCAGAGCCUAGAAAGCUUCCUUCUAGUGAUGAUAAUAUCGACUCUGAGGAAUGAAUGCUGACUCAAUAUACGGAUCGGCCAUUUCAAUGUUGAGGAGGAAAUACGAGAGUUGUCUAUAAAUUCAUUUCCAUUGUGGAAAUGUACAGAGUCUAUGCCAAGUUCAUACUGCAAUUGAGUUGACAGAUAUCUCUGAAUUUCUUGUUGUGCCUUGUAUAGAAAUCUUCAAAUAUUGUCACAUUUGGUAAAACCUGAUGUGAACUUAUCAUUUGCCUUAUGCCCACCUUUCUUGUUUCUUUUGUUUA